AUGAGCCGCGAACCAGUGCCCUCGUCUUUUGACGAGAACCAACAGUUCACAGAAGAGACCGGAGUACAGAAAUUCACCAGACGCCUUAAGGAAGAGCCACUCGUCCCACUAGGAUGCGCCGCAACAUGCUACGCCCUCUACCGCGCCUACCGAUCCAUGAAAUCCGGUGACUCAGUCGAAAUGAACCGGAUGUUCCGCGCCCGUAUCUACGCGCAAGCCUUCACGUUAGUCGCGCUCGUCGCGGGAGGAAUGUACUUCAAGACGGAGCGGCAACAGCGCCGGGAAUUCGAUCAGGCCGUGGAGCUGCGGAAGAAGCAAGAGAAGCGCGAUGCGUGGUUGCGGGAACUGGAGGUUCGUGAUAAGGAGGAUCGCGAGUGGAGGGAACGACAUGCUUCUAUUGAGGCGGCUGCUAAGGAAGCGGGGAAUAAGCCUACGCCAAGGAAUGAGCCCGAUGCGGCGCGGUCUGCUAUUGAGCCGGCGGAUGAGAAGUCUGUUGGUGUUUUGGAUGCUGUUAAGGCGCUUGUGUCAAGGAAUUGA